CAAGUAAAAACAUGAGGAAAACACACAUCUGCUGUUUUUUUUCUGCUGUCUCUUAAGCAUGUUUGGAUCCUUCCUCUUUCUCUGUGCCUGUCAUUCACACAAACUCCGUGACUGUGUCUGUUUUUUGACCAGAGACUCCGUCUACAUGGGAAAUGGGAAGGUGCAGCUGGAGCUCUGCCAAGAGUAGCAUUCUGCUUCCGUGCUCCAGUCAGAAGAGAGCAGAAGGGCAUGGUUUCAGUCAGCCACUAAACAGAGAGGGACACACACACACAAACACACGUGUUGGCUCUAUCUCCGUCGACCUGAGUCUUUAAACCACAGGGGAACAAUUCUGUGAAUGUCUGCUGGAGAGGCCGCAUUAAAGGACAAAGCAAGAGAUGUUUCUGAAAGACUGGAAAUAUUAGAAGUUCUAUAAAUGCAUGUAAUUCAGCAUGCUGGAGAACUGCAAGAUCUUCUUAACAAGUCUGACCGUCACAAUCAAGUGAUCCUGAGAUCGUCUUCCCCCACUAAUGGCAAGAAUGAAGAGGGACCGGUUCCUGUUGGCCAUCACCUUCAUCGUCAUUCUGACAGUUGAUGUCUACUUUGUUCUGCUUCCCAGGCUGAGAGCCUGGUACGAUUUGUCCAGCGGUGGCUGUAACUGCCAUGGGGUCAAUGGCAGUGUUAGAUAUCCUGAACAGGUUCCUCACAAAAAGACCUUGAGUUCCAACUUUGUCUCUCAAAAAGGAUCCAAGCUGAAAAGGCUUUUUGGCCAUCCGCUGUACAAUAUUCAUCUGCCAGAGCUAAGUCCAGAUGAGAGAUUGCUGGAAGAAGAGGCGCUCAUGGAAUAUUAUAGGCGGAAAGUCACCCGCUGGCAGAGACAGCAGAAGUUCUACGUUGAAGCAGCAGCUGCAUCAAACAUCUCAUUGCCUGAGCAACCUGUAAACUUUAAUACUGAUGCUAGCUGGCUGAGAUUCCAUUUGGGGAUCAACCGAUACUCACUCUACCCCAGAGACGAUGAAAACAUCGAUCAGCUCCUGCAUGAUAUGCAGAGUGCCACCAUCAUUGGAGCAGAUUACACUCAAGAUGAAAAGGCCUUAAAAGGAGCAUGUGACUGUUCACAAGUGGUUAAGCCAAGUGGCCAUCACCUGAAACUUGCCCUGAAGCUGCAAGACUUUGGGAAAGCUAUGUUCAAACCUAUGAGACAGGAACGGCAUGAGGAGACACCGGAGGACUUCUUUUAUUUUGUUGACUUCCAGAGACACAAUGCGGAAAUCGCUUCUUUCCAUCUGGACAGAGUCCUUGAUUUCCGGAGAGUUCCACCUGUAGUUGGGAGACUCAUCAAUGUCACAGGCGAGGUUUUGUACACAACAUACAACGAGGAGCUCCGUAGCGUAUUCUUCACCUCGCCAGCAAACAACACAUGCUUCUUUGCCAAGUGUCUGUAUGUGUGUAAGACGGAAUACGCAGUGUGUGGACAUCCAGACCUUCUAGAAGGGUCCAUGUCGGCCUACCUGCCUGGACUGAGUGUAGCACCCCGCAUUUCCAUCCCCAGCCCCUGGAUCCGCUCUUACACUUUUACUGGAAAAGAGGAAUGGGAAGUCAAUCCAUCAUACUGUGACACCAUCAAAAAACUUUACCCCUACAGCUCUGGAAAUAGACUAUUGAAUAUCAUUGACAUGGCCAUAUUUGACUUCCUGACAGGAAACAUGGACCGACAUCACUAUGAGAUUUUUACCAAGUUUGGUGAUGAAGGACUUCUGCUUCACCUUGACAAUGCGAGAGGGUUUGGAAAACACUCUUACGAUGAGAUGUCAAUCCUAGCACCGCUGACCCAGUGCUGCAUGAUUAAGCGCUCGACGUUGCUGAGGCUGCAGCUGUUGAUGCAACCAGAGUAUCGUCUCAGUGAUGUGAUGAGAGAGUCUUUGGACCGAGAUCCACUUCGACCCGUUUUGACUGAACUCCACCUGCAGGCUCUCGAUCGGAGACUGGAGCGUGUGAUCAGGUCUGUGAGUAGAUGUGUGAAGAAGCUCGGGGAAGCCAAGGUGGUGGUCACAGACUUCAUAGAGGCCUCCGGUGCAGCUACAGAGAGAAACCACAAAAAAAGCAGGUGAUGGAUGUUGACGAGAAAGAAGAAAAAACUUAAAGAAAGCAGUCAUUGGACUUUGUGUGGGCCUCCAAUAGUUGGAGCAUGUGACGGAUGUGUGAAAAAGAACAGAGGGAUCGAGCCAAGGAAUGAUAGAAAAACACUGGAUCACUGACUGAUGGAUGUAGCUCAUGAUUCUAGCCUGUCUGAGCAAGGUCUUUUAUAUUUUGUUUCAUAACAUGGAGAACAAAUGUGUAAGUGAACAAGCACUGUUAAUCGAUCUGCACACAUUGUACCAAAAUGCUGCAUGAUUGGGGAUGAUGUUUUCAGAAUCGUAAAAAUGACAGACGAUGUCAUGUUCCUGAGAAGUGGCUGUGGGAUCCGUGGUGUACUUUUGAGGCAAACACAUGUUUGUGUGGAUCUUUCAAGCAUUCCACAGAUGAUCGGCUUUUUUUCUGCAACUUUUUAAACAAAUACUCAUUAGGGAAGGAAAACGACAGGAUUGAGAGCAAUGAAGAGGUUUAUUUCUUCAGAGAAAAGUAUAUGCCAUUAAAAUGACGAAAACAGAUUGGAUUUGUGGCUUUCGGUCCAGACGGCGAGCGAGCAUAUAAUCCUUGGCUGUCUCUUCCCUUCACAGUUUGUAGGCUUUCAAGUGGAAUCUCAAAACCCGCCAGAAAAAAAUCAUCCGAACUAUUUACAGGCGAACGUUCCUUUGCCAAAACUUUGUUCCAACUUGUGGUAUGCAGUUCAUUGCAACACAAAUGUCAAAGGUAGAAGGUAGAAAGUAGUUUUUGGAUGAAGCUGCAGCAUGUCUGUCCUUAGAGCAGGUCUGCAUGUUCCGAGUGACAACUAAACAUUCCUCAUGUUAAAAAUAAAAAUCUGUAAAAAAAAGAAAAAAGAAAAAAGGACUUUACAAGUGUUUGAGGCUGUUCAUGAAACUAUUUGUGAAAACGAAGUGUUCCUUAUCCCACUCGAAAUGAUUGACCACUUCACCCAUUCAUACUGUACAUGUCAAAACAAUCAAAAAGUGUCAUCUGUAUUGUAUUUCAUUCUUAAGAAAAACUAUAAUGCUUCAUUGUAAGAUACAGAAAAAAAUGUGGUUAGCCAAGCUUUUCCUGUCCUUGUGUGCUUUUGGAAAAGUACAUAGUAUUUACAUUGUGUAUUUCUACACAUUAAUCAAUGCAGUUCAGGGCAAGCCGAGGCUAGAGUUCACUUUUCAGUUUUCACUUCCUAACUUCAGCACUAAACAAGCGUCAUGGAUGCGACAGGCUUCACCUUUUGUCCUGAUUUAACAAACAUUAAGCUGAUAAUUGACACCAAAACACUGCCCCCUUGUGGUUGGUAUGCAUGAUGACUCAAUUUUAGUGAUCCAUUUGCCCUACAUAGCAUUAAACACUGGAAGUAUUUAAGCACUCAGUUUUCUAAAGUUAUACAGAACAGUGUUGGGUAUAAGGAUGACAAAUGAAUACAGACA